AUGGACGUCGACAAAAAAAACAUUGAUGACGUUCCACAGCAACCCGAAUUCGUCCAUGACGAUGUGUUCGGAGAGAUCUCGGAGCACGGUCCCAACUUUCGCAAUGUCGGGUUCAUAGGAACCGUUAUCCUCAUGAUGAAGACGCAGAUUGGUUUGGGUGUCCUCGCCAUCCCAUCCGCUCUGGAUGUUCUGGGCAUGGUCCCGGGCAUUAUUUGUCUGUUUACAAUCUACUGUAUCACUACUUGGUCUGGCUAUAUUGUUGGCACUUUCAAGAUCAACCACCGUGAGGUGUACAGCAUUGACGAUGCCGGUGCCCUCAUGUUUGGCCCGUUGGGCCGGUGGGCCCUUUCAGCCGCGUUUUGCCUUUAUUACAUUUUCACCAGCGGUUCUGCAAUCCUCGGUCUUUCCAUCGGCUUGAACGCUGUGUCUACCCAUGCAACAUGCACGGCCGUCUUCACCGCCGUUGCAGCCAUCGUCGGUUUCUGCUUCUGUAGUAUCCGAACGUUAGGUCGCAUCACCACCGUUGCAUGGGUGGGCCUACCAUGUAUCCUAACUGCCGUAAUUAUUGUUACUGUCGCAGUCGGUAUAGAGGACCGCCCCGCUGACGCGCCCAAAACGGACGGCCCCUGGGUUUCCGACUGGGUGGCCGUCGGCCAUCCCAGUUUUGCGGAUGGAAUUGCUGCAGUAUCGAACCUACUAUUUUCUUUUACAGGAAUCCCGGGGUAUUUCUCCAUCGUCUGCGAAAUGCGCGAUCCCCACCAAUACACCAAAGCGGUGGUCCUAAGCCAGACCGGAGUCCUCGCUGUAUAUUCUGUAAUCGGCGGAGUUGUCUACUACUACUGCGGUACCUACGUUUCUUCACCGGCCCUUGGUUCAGCAGGUGGCGUUGUAAAGAUCAUCAGCUAUGCAUUUGCACUACCCGGGCUCCUAGCCACACUGACAAUAAUUGCACAUGUCCCCGCAAAAUUCAUCUUUGUCAAUAUCCUCCGCGGCUCGCGCCACCUUACCAGCAAUUCGCCCACGCACUGGAUCACCUGGCUGAGCUGUACCUUCGGGAUAAUUGUGAUCGCGUGGAUCAUUGCCAGCACAAUACCCGUCUUUGAUGCUUUGGUAUCCCUUAUUGGUGCUUUACUUGGCCCGCUUAUUUGCAUUCAACCGAUGGGCGCUAUGUGGCUGUACGAUAAUUGGAGGAAGGGGAAGGAUGCAGCGCGGUUAUCAAAAAGGUGGAUGUUCCAAGUGGUAUGGAGCGUGCUGAUGAUACUCAUCGGCUCAUUCAUGAUGGUGGCGGGAACUUAUGGGUCCGUUAAAUACAUCAUGGCAUCUUAUGCUGAGAGUGGAGGGUCUGCUGCUUUUUCGUGUGCUGAUAACUCUAACUCUGUUUGAUGGGUUGGUUUGACCCAUGAGGAAGCUAGAAUCAGCGUUCGAAGACGAGCUAUGUGUACAGGAUGAAUAUACUAGGACUA